CCUAUAUGUUUAUUAGUAACCAUAGCAACGGCAUCUCUCUUCGUAUGAAAUGUUUUUUUACACAAAAUAAACAGUGUGUUUGUUGCUUUAUUUAACAAAAUUAUAUGCAAAACAUUGAGUUAUAGUCGAAAUGGAAGAAUUAAAAGAUGAAGCCAUUCAUCACACAGCACUGAAGUUAGCAGAAGAGAUAAAAAACUUAUCAAUAUACAAAUCAUUUUACAGUGACGUUCAGAAAUUGGUAUCAUCGACAAAUGUUAAAAAAGAAGACUUCAAACAAACUUUACAACAAGCGAUGAAAGAAAAAGGUUUAGAUACAAAGUUAAGAAACACAGUGUACCAUUGGGUGAGAACACAGACCAAGCAAAAUAAAUUGGAUCCGUUAACGUCUUUACAAAAAGCCAGUGCUCAAUGGGAGAAAAGGAUUCACAAAUCGCUAAAUUCAAUGUGUUCUGACUUAGAGACCUCUUUAGCAAAAAUAAGGCCCCAAAGUGAACAAGAUGAACUCUCGGACAAGUGGAAUGAACUUAGCACAUACACCUUAGAUUUAUCAAAAUACAGACCAGUUUACGCACCAAAGGACUUUUUAGAAGUAUUACUAACAUUAUCCGGUUAUGUUCCUUUUACGAGAGAAGAUGAACCUAAAUGGGAAUUCGCGCAUUUACCUCUCCAAGUGAAGACGUUGGAUGAAUUGAGGAAAUUGUAUCCUGAAUGGUCAUCCGGUGAGCCGCUUCUGGGCGUGAACCCUUCGAUGCCGAGUCAAGUCCCGGGGUUCGCGACACUGGAGGCCGAGCGGGUGGGGCUAGGGGAGCGCGUGGCGGCUCUGGCUUACGCCCCUGUCGUGCAAGAGUACCUCAAGAGGGGCAGUCCGCAGUCGCUACGGGCUACUCUGUGGUCGCUGGUGCUCGGCUCUGAUGUGAGACAACAGCAAAUAACGGCGUUCAACCAACUCAAAGCAAGUGUUCUGGAGAUAGACCUGAUGAUUGACAAGCUCAUCUUCAAAGAUGUGCAGCUCACUGCUUCCAACGACGACCAGUACUUCGUGUUCGAGGACCUCCUGUACCAGGUGAUGCUAUGUUUCUCGCGCGACGGCGGCGUGCAGUCCGCGCUGGUGGAGGCGGGGUGCGCGGGCGCGCCGUUGAUGGUGGCCGUGCGCGGCCGCCACGCGCCCGCCGACCGCCUCAUCGCCUUCCCGCCGAGCGGCGUCAUUCCCUUCCACGGCUUCUCCAUGUACGCGACACCAUUCUGCUACCUGUACGACGAUCCGGUGCAGCUGUAUUAUACGUUCCGGGCCUUCUACAUCCGCUAUUGGCACCGACUGCAUUACAUUUCGACUCACCCACAGGGUAUUGUUUCACUGUGUCUGCUGUAUGAAAGGCUUUUGGAGGCAAAUGAGCCACUGCUAUGGAUACAUUUUCGAAAUAUUAACAUAAAUCCUGUAAGGGUGGUCUUCAAAUGGCUGAUGCGCGCCUUCAGUGGCCACUUGCCCCCCGACCAACUGCUGUUACUGUGGGACGCCAUACUUGGCUACGAUUCCCUCGAAAUCCUACCACUUUUAGCGCUGGCAAUACUGAGCUUCCGAAAGGAGAACAUCUUUCAAGUGAAUACGCUGCAAAACGUAGACGCGGUGCUGGCCGACUUGUCUACAAUCUCGGUCAUUCCGCUUCUGCAGUUGGCACUCAUGAAACCUUAGCGGCCAGUGUUGCAAUAUAAAUAAAUUAGUUUUUUAAUGUAAA